AUGAAGUGGCAUGCCAAAAAGAAAAGGACAUUGGAAACUAAAUAUUCUAUUUCAGGUAAUGAAAAGACCAUCUACCGAUUCAAUAUCACUCUUCCUUCUCUCUUCACCGGCCAUCAAAUUGCCCUUUCAAUCCGAUGUCAGGUAAGAGGGGCUGAGGGGCUGGUGACGAGUCUCGUGGUGUCCUCUCCUCCCAUGAGCGAAGCCAAAGCGCGCGCUAUUCGCGAACUAUCACGAAGCCUGAGCCACAGCCCCAGAAACGUCACAUCGCCUUCGCUGCCACGAAGCGACUCUGAUCCCACCAGGAACUCGUUUGGGAGCACAUCGAAUUUCUUCGAUGACCCAGAUGUUCUCAUGUCAACACAGCAUAAGAUCGAGGACGAGACGAAUACACUUCCACACUACCCUCGUAUCCGAUCAACCGCCAAAAAGAUGAACUCAUGGCAACCACAGCGCUCUGAACAACCGGGGCCAGACACUUCCAUGGUCAACAAAGAGUUUGGCGACUUCGACCACAGCAUCUCAGACGAUGAAGUCAUGCCCAUUGAACAAGCGCGUGGCGUCGACCGCAACUCACGCGGCACCCCCAAUAAGAGCUCCCAGUUCAACAGUAUGUACGACAUGACACCACCUACGAACAAAUCGCGCAAGUCACACGCGCCAGAGACUGGUAGCCUGCGACGAGACGCACAGCUACGACGCGCCUCGCGCAACGACUACGACACCGCGUCUCCUCGACCUGCAAGCAAGCGCAACUCUCCCGCUCUCAAUACAAACCAAGAACGCAAGCGCCCAUCGCUUGCACAGAGUCACGCCAAAGUUUCUGAGGACGAGUCAUCUUUCAUAGAGCAACGGCCACCCACUUUGACCGUCGAUUCUACCAGAAAUACGCGUUGGGGUAAUCGAAGCCGACAGAGUUCCCUCCAGCUGGAUGGUAUGGUAGAGAAUUCUCCACGCGCCAAUGUUUCAACUCGUUCCCGGCCGGGCACCGCACACAACGCGACAGGACAGUCAUUUGUUCUGCCAGACCUACCGAACCUCACCGAGCUGGUCUCUGGAGUCUUUGAUGAUGGCACACCAGUCUUCUCAAAGAAUGCACCCGCCCGAUCGCGUUUCUCUGCCCCGCCAAACGGUGGUCGCAAGCCUCAACAUAUCCCUGUAGACGGCGUGCCAAUUCCGGUUGAGGAGAAGGCCAUAUUUGCAGCCCUUCAGCAGCUGCAGGACAAAGUCAACCAGAUGGAAACUGAGCGUGCAGAGGCGGAUAAACGUAUUGAAGAACAGGAGCUCGAAUUAAUCGAGCUAAGAGCCACAACACAGGCGCAAGAGAAGCUGAGACGAAGUGACAGUGCACAAGAGUCUGAAAAUGGUGGCAAGAGUGGUUGGAAGGUUGAGAAAACUCGACUUGAAGCCACGGUACAAACGCUCCGGACGAAACUUGACCGCUCUGACCGCAAAUCCGCUGUUCUGGAGAUCGAGAAGAAGCGUCUUAACAGCGAGCGUGACAAUAUGGCUAGCCAGUUGGGUGUUGCCUUUCAAACAUGUGAAGAGUUGAAACAUGAGAAGACUGCCUUGGCUGCAGAGAAUGAUGAGCUACGCCAUGAGAUUGACUCCCUGCGAACUGAGAAUGAACGGCUCCGCGAUCAGCUUGAGCAGGAUCAGUCUCAACAUCGGGAAGAGACCAUUCAGCUUCGACGACAGUUUGAUCAGACUGCAAAUGCCACAGAGCGAGAGAAUGCCAGCUUGCAUGCUGAGUUAGCUCGUGCACGCGCUCAGAAUGACGACAACACCCAACAGCUCUCGCGCAAGGACAUUGAGCUCCGCAGGGCGCGCCAAGAGCAGGCUGAAUUUGCGCGUCUCAAGGCUGACCAUGAAAUGCUCAAGACGCAGCUUGCCAAUAUGAAGGCGAAGCGUGAUGAAGAUCUCAAGCGAUGGUCUAGCAGAGAGACGGAGUUGGAGAAAAUGGUUGGCCGACGGGACGAGACUAUUCGUAAGUUUGACGACUUGACUCAGGGAGAGACCAAUGACGCUAUACGCAUUGACAAUGAAAAUCUCCGCAAUGAGCUGGCGCGGUUGGCACAAGAGCACGAAGAAGAGGAAGAGCAAUGGAUCGAAAAGGAGAGGGAAUUGCAACGCAAGGUUCAGCGCCGAGAGGAUGCCGCCCGUAGGACUCUUGACAUGACGCGUGAGGUUCUGGCAAUGCGUCAAGACAAUGACCAGGCAGAGGGUUGCACUUCCAAAUCUAGGGGCAACGAGAGCCAGACCCGAGAGUCUUUACAACGCAAAUCCAGCCUCCGUCGCGAGGACACCCGAACUCGGAUCAGGAACCAGGUGCAACAGGAGCUUCGCAACAGCAGGGCCAUGAGCCCAACGGUUCAAUCGAGCCGUUUCGAGGAGAGCCCACGCAAGUCGUACACUGGAGCCUCACGAUUUUCCAACAAGCGAAGCGUAUCUGCUCCCCUCUCUGCCGCUAAGAACGCACGUGUGGAGAGUGAAGUCGAAUCGACCACCGACCUGUCGCUUGCGCCUCGCACCAUGCAUACAUCACGAAGCGUCCUGUCUGCUAGGCCUGCCACCGCCAUCCAGCCGCCUGCAGACCUGGAUCUGACGGAGCUAAGCUUCAUCAACAGCACUGAUAUUGCUCAGCUUCGACGCAGGCUGGAGGAGGAGCGAGCUGCGGCUCGUCAAGCUGCGGAGCAGACGGAGAAGCACGGGCGUGAGGACACUGUACGAUCGCGACGUCAAUCUCGUGAAGACACCAGCCGUUCGGUUGCAUCCGCUAAGAGCGAGCGCCGCCCAUCUCUUGUCCGCAAGUCUUCCCUCAAGGAGCACACACAACGAACGCAGUUUGAAGAAGAUUUUACUGGAAAAUUUUCCGACCUGGAUGCGGAUACGGAAGCCACUCAGACCAAACAGUCUGUAGUGGACGCUUCGAUGUUGAGCAACACCAGCCGUAGACGCCGCAGUGCUCCCAACGAGAUGACAUCUGCUUUCAUUGUGCCCGAUAUCAAGCUCGACAUACUGAAGCAGACAACUACUCUCAAACUCGCCCACAAGCCCAUUCCCAAAGAUCAUGACAACGUCAACUGCACUGUCUGCCGUCGCUCAGGAGUUUCUACUGCCACAGAAGAUCUCCGCGUCCCAAAGCUCGUCCCAGCGUCUAUCCGAACAGCCGAUGAUAGUGAUGCUACCCUCCGUCCUGCCCGCUCCCCCAGGGAAGCCCUCGCCCUCGUCGUCAAGGAGCUCCAAGACGAACGCGCUCAUCUUCAUGCCGAGCUAGCAGUCUCACGCGCUAUGCUCGAGUGUCACGACCCCAGCCUGGGUAACCGAAAACGUAUCGAAUACACUGAAUCAUGUCAAGAACUGCUCGUGCGCAUCUCGGUUAAGGAAAUGCAAAUCUACAACCUCUUCGAUGUGCUCGAGGGUCAACAGGGCGAAGACAUUACGGAAAUGGAUGUCGAGACUAUCACUCGCGAGAUCCGCACUGAUGCUGCUGCUACUGCUGCUGAGCCUGCAAAAGAGAAGAAGAAGGUGACCAUCAGGAGCUUUGUUGAUGAAAGUGAGGACGAGAGCGUGGAAGGUAGACGAGGUGCGGUGAAAGAUGCGCCUGAUGUAGAUGAAGAGGGAGAGACGCAGGAGUUGCCCUGGGAAGGGUUCGAGGAUGACGCAGAGGGCGAUGUCAGUUUCAGUGCAUUGCAAGGGUGGAGGUCGAGUGCACGUUGA